UUUUUUUUUUUUUUUUUUAAAUAUAAUUAUUUUUAUUUUCCUCUUGAUCACUUUGUCUCUCACAAACUUGUUUCACAAGUUCCAGGAUAUCUUUGUGUUAGUUUAUGUCUUGCUGGGGACUGACUAGCUACAGAUGAAAACAAUGCAUUGCAGCUCUAAGAAGAAUUAAGGCAACUCCCUCCGCUACAAGAAAAGAGCCGCUUAACUUAAUCUGCAAAUGAAAUGGCUAAACAGUAUUGAACCAUUGGGAUCGAUGCACAUCGGAUUGACGAGCAGAGAAGGGGCAACUACCAUGGUAACACUAAUAACCGAAAAGCUGCAAAACCAGACCCUGGACGAUCUGUCAUGCAAAACCUAUAAUAUUAGUCUGCACUCAUCUGAGAAGCUGAACAAAAGUGGCAGCUUGUUCCCCUACGAAAUCAAUGAAAAUGAAUCUCCUUGGAAAGACAGCGGCUACCCACUCAGGAAUGAACUUAACAAGAAUAACCUAUUGUCCUUCGGAGUGUGCCCUUUUAGCUCAGGCAUUGGCCUGCAAUGGCAGAAAGAGUCCUCAAAUAACUCUAUGGUAUCUGGAUGGAUAAGUGAUUUUAAUCUCAAUGACAGCUUUGGGCAGCCUCUGGCACCACCAACCAAAAGGCAUUGCAGGUCAUUGUCUGAGCCAGAUGAACUGUCUCGCUGCUGGUCACCUUGGAAACCCAGUUGUUCCAAAGUUUGGACUUCUGUAUCAAAGAGACGAUGCAACAGUGGUGGUAGUACUACUUUGCAACGUUGCAACAGCAAUGGCGCUGCCACCCUUCAGAGAAGCACAAGUGUCAGCCUGCCACCAAAUGCCCUGUCCAACAACAACCACCUAUUUGCAGUCACCACCUGCAACAUUUCCCCUCUUCCAAGGCCAUCAUCUGCCAGCAGUGGAUUUGUGGACAGUAGCGAAGGAAGUGUAAAUUCUAGCAUCCACAUUAACUCUGGUGGACCUUGUGAUUUCAACCACAAAAGACGCCUUUCCCUUUCUCAGGAACAUAUCAAGGAGAAUGGAGACCUCUUGCCUUCAGCCAACAGCACACCCACCUCAACUCCGGAACUCAUCAGGCGUCAGGGCUUGCUGAGGUGCCGUUCCCAGCCAUGUGUGCUCAAUGAAAGAAAGACCCGUCUAAAACGCAGACGUGACGAGGAUGUCAGAUGGAGCCGGCCUUCUUUGAACUUUUUUAAAAUGACAAGGACUUCUAAAAGCCUUUGUUCACUUGACUAUGAAGACGACGAAGAUUCACAUUUGAAGACAAUCGUCUCAUCUCCUUGCGAUUCCAACGACCUCAUGAAUAUUAUAACUCCCGGAACCAGCCCUCUGAAGGAGACCUCAGAAGGAAAGCACAGUCUGCCUUGCCGUGUAGCAGGCACAAGGGAUUAUAAAUGUGAUACCACCGUGAGCGAAAGUGACGAGGAUAGUAGUGACUGUGAGAGUUCCGAGGGUGGCAUAUUUCCCAUAGAUUGUGCUGACUUGGAUUUGGAGCAAAUCGAAAAUAACUGAAUCACAGUGCUUCUAUAGGGUACUUUGUCCUUACUUCACAUGGUAGUGCCUCAUCUGUCAUGCGCAUUCUGAAUUUCUCUGGCUGCCUUUGGGUAUUUUUAUUUUAAUAUAUAUGUAUAUAUGUGUAAAUGUAGAUAUGUAUACACAUAUGAGUUGACAAGUGGAAUGUUUUCACCUGUUCAGUUUGUUAUAAAGAAAUUACAUGGACAAAUCAGAAUGGAUGGAUAUGACUGAAGACAUAAAACAUGGUCUCCGCAUUGGCAGUGUUUUGCCGAGUAGCUAAGUAUGUGGGACCAAACUUGCAAAGCUAAGUUGAAUACACAGUUGCUCACCAGUUUUCCUUUGAAAAUAGUUCUAAAAUAGUGGCAAGCUAACACUGGGUGUCAGAUGUUCUUCUGCUUGUCAAUAAAAUAAAAAAAUUCAAAAAACAAAAAACAAAACAAAAAUAUAUAUAUUUAUAGAAAACUAUUAGUUUAAACGGAUUUAAUAAUUUAACUGAGUGCCAGGGCUAUGUUCAAUGCAGUAAAUUGCACUGCACAUAUCCCGCUGUGUUAAAAGUGUUAAAGAGACUUUAAACUUUUAUUUUAAGUUUUGCUUCUUUGACAGAAGCAAAAGUUUAAAAUCUUGUCGCCGCCUAAGUGCUGUAAAACCGUUGUGUAAAUCUACAGAUAAUUGUUGUUGUUUUCUUUUUGUUUGUUUUUGUUUUUUACACCACCACUUGAUAGCACGUUGACGACAUCAGAGCACGUCCCAGCCCAUUGAUAUUCUGCAGUCCAAUGACUAGUAAUGAUCUGAUUUGAGAGAUCUGUACUGGGGUAUUUGUUGGGGUCCCCUCUAUAGAUUCCACAUACCGAUGUGUAUCUCACUGUAGAUUGCAACCAGGCUGGCGUACGUUUUACACUGAGGUAUGCAGUGCUCUGCUUAAACGGCAAUGUAUCUUAAAAAGUGCCGCAUGCCGUUUUGUCAUGACUAGGUGUAAUUUCAGUCUUUGCUUUUUCUAAACAAGCAAAGAUUCAAAGAGAAAAAAAAAAAAAAAACUUUUGGUGCCUCUUGACUUUAAGAAGCCUCAGUUUUUUGUUGUUUUUUUUAAGAUUGCUAUUAUGUACAGCAGUGGAGUAAAAUUUAUUUACUUUCGCGAACUUUUCACUCACAUAUUUGACUUUGUUAGUUAAAUGAUGAGGAAUUUUCAGGAGGAAUUUAUACAAAUAAAAAAGGUAAUAGAUAUUUUUGCAUUUUUAUGGCUUUUACAGUUCUGGGAAAUAAAACAAAUUAAAAAAAGCA